AUGGCGUUGCUCACUCCGCCCCAGCCUCCGCCAUCAUGGACGCACUCCGCUGAAGAUGUUCUAGUACUGACUCAAGAAGCCAUCACAAAGGACCGCGAGCUGCUCGACAAGGUUGCUGCUCUCGCACCCGACGAGUGCACCUUCGCGUCCGUCUUUGGAGCUCUCGCAGAGGCAGAAGCUCUUCUCGACGGAGUCGUGGAACCUUUAUCGUUCUAUCAGAACGUGUCCACCUCGAAGGAACUCCGUGAUGCCUCGAAUGCUGCUGAGGUUCUCGUGCGCGACUACGGUGUAGAGUCGUCCAUGCGACUCGACGUCUUCCAGGCUAAGUUGGCCGCCGAGAAGAAUAUCAAAGCCAGCGGAGAAACACUCGCUCCUGAGGAACAGCGCCUGGUAGACAAGAUGAUCUUGGAUGGAAAGCGAGCUGGGUUGGCAUUGCCAGAGAAGGAGAGGGAAGAGCUUACAAAACUUAAGAAGGAGCUUUCGCAAGCCUCUCUGGAAUUUAGUAAAAACUUCAACGAGGAGAACAGCACUAUAACCUUCUCGUUAGAUGAACUGAAGGGCGUACCCGCGGAUGUCGUUUCCGGUUAUACGAAACGCACUGAAGAAGGCAAGGAGCUUUAUGUGGUCACGAUGAAGUUGCCGGACAUUUUCCCCAUUUACAAAUAUGCACAAAAUCCCACUACGCGGAAGACGGCGUAUAAAGCAUAUGAGGGGCGGCUGGCGGUCAACGUGCCCAUUCUUGAUAAGAUCAUCGAUCUGCGCAGAAAAAUAUGUGCCCUGCUCGGUUACGAGACGUGGGCAGACUAUGCUACAGAAGUGAAGAUGGCGAAAAAUGGGCGCACAUUCCUCGAUGACCUCCAGCAGAAGCUGCAGCCUAUUGGCGCGAAGGAGAGCAUUGUCCUGCUUGGGAUCAAACAGGAAGAGUGCUCGGCGAACGGAUUGCCCUUUGAUGGCCAGUUGAACAUAUGGGACUACUACUACUGCGAACGUCUGCUACUUGAGCGCACACUUCAGUUGGACGAGCAGAAGGUCAAGGAGCACUUCCCUGUGAGCACUGUCGUGCCUGCAAUCCUGGACAUCUAUCAGAACCUGCUGGGCGUACAAUUUGUUGAAAUCAAGGGGGAGACAUGGCAUCAAGACGUUCAACAAUUCGCUGUUUGGGAGAAGGGCGCGACGGAUGAAUCCGGAUUCGUCGGAUACUGCUACCUGGAUUUAUUCCCUCGAGAAUCGAAAUACUCCCAUGCAGCGGUGUGGCCGCUGCUCCCGGGCUACAUUCAAGCGGACGGGAAACGGAAUUAUCCGCUCGCGGCAAUGGUCGCGAACCUUGCAAAGCCGACGCCAACGACUCCCGCACUCAUGCCGCACAAGGACGUCGUAACGUUCUUCCACGAGAUGGGACACGUGUUCCACGGGCUGUUGAGUAAAACGCGGUUCGCAAGAUUCCACGGCACUGCGUGA